GAGGAAGAAGUGACGUAUGUCCGCAGCUAACGCGGGUGCGUGAUGUCACGCGCGUAACGUCCAGAAUCCACUAUGGCGGCGGAAAGGUAGGGUGACUCACACUCUGCCGGUAAUAUCGACAUCGGAUAGCAGAUAUCUGAACGAUUCACCAUUCUUCGUUCCCGGCUUGCGCGCAAACAUCCCAUUUCUUCGUGCACUCUCUCUGAUCUUCGUGGAACGGACGCAAACAUGCCUAAUAUCAAGAUUUUCAGCGGCAGCUCCCACCAGGAUCUGUCUCAGAAGAUCGCGGACCGUCUCGGACUGGAGUUAGGAAAAGUAGUGACAAAAAAGUUUAGCAACCAAGAGACGUGUGUGGAGAUUGGAGAGAGUGUCCGUGGAGAGGAUGUGUACAUCGUCCAGAGCGGCUGUGGUGAAAUUAAUGAUAACCUUAUGGAGCUUCUGAUUAUGAUAAACGCCUGCAAAAUCGCAUCGGCCUCCCGAGUCACAGCGGUCAUCCCAUGCUUCCCUUACGCCCGGCAGGAUAAGAAGGACAAGAGUCGGGCGCCCAUUUCUGCCAAGCUGGUGGCAAAUAUGCUGUCGGUGUCUGGUGCCGACCACAUCAUUACCAUGGAUCUGCAUGCAUCUCAAAUACAGGGUUUCUUUGACAUUCCUGUGGACAACUUGUAUGCAGAGCCUGCCGUUUUGAAGUGGAUUAAGGAGAACAUCCCCGAAUGGAAGACCUGCACGAUCGUGUCUCCUGACGCUGGAGGUGCCAAGAGGGUGACCUCCAUUGCAGACAGGCUAAAUGUUGACUUUGCCCUGAUUCACAAAGAAAGGAAGAAGGCCAACGAGGUGGACCGCAUGGUUCUGGUGGGAGACGUGAAAGACCGGGUGGCCAUAUUGGUGGAUGAUAUGGCAGACACCUGCGGCACCGUUUGCCAUGCUGUUGAUAAGUUAAUAUCAGCAGGAGCGGUUAAAGUGUAUGCUAUCCUCACUCAUGGCAUCUUCUCUGGACCAGCCAUUUCACGCAUCAACAACGCCUGCUUUGAAGCCGUAGUUGUGACCAACACAAUUCCUCAGGAGGAGAAGAUGAAGCAUUGUCCCAAAAUACAGGUUUGUCAUGUUGCCCAACUGGAAAUCUAGUGAAUCAGCAGAGUG